GCAAAACUCUUAUCGAUAAGGAGGGAAGGAAAAAAGUCAAAAGCUACCGAGACCGAAAAACUUCAAAGGACGAUGACCUCGUCGCAUCAGGCCUCGUCUUCCAGACAUCCAAUUCGACGCCGCGCUGAGCCGCAAUGGGAGAUGGUCAAUUUAGGACCUGGUGUACAGAUAGACAGUCUGCGGCUCUGUGAUCUGGCCUACCAUGCCUGCCCGGAUCGCGACUCGAUUCUUGACUCCGAAGCCGACCCUCGGAAGGUUCCCGCCAUCGGUCAUACAAGCCUGGUCAUGCCAGCAAUGCGUUCGGUGGGAUAAUAACAGAAGUGCUGGGGGUCUGAUUCUGGAUAAUACACGGCUAUACCAUGGCAUGAGUCCGCGAUAUGGACAGAAAACCGGUGGCGCGCAGGAGGAAGCUUCCAGGGUGAACGGGAGGAAGCGAUCGAGAAAGGGGUUCGUACUGGCAGCUGCCACUGGCACGCUUGGAGGAACCUUGCUCUUCUUCUACGAUGAUGUCAAGCAUGCAUACCGAGCAGCAGAACGGACGGGAAGAGUUGUUGCAGCCUUGCUAGUUUGCAUCAACGACUACCGGGUGACACUGAAUAAAGAGACGAGAACGGAGGAAGAAAGGACUACACUGUUAAACGCCUGUCAUCAGAGAUGCGCCGAUCGGACGCUAAAGGUCCUCGAAAAGAACGGCUCGAUAUUCAUCAAGCUAGGCCAGCAUCUAAGUAGCUUGGGCUACUUACUACCGCUAGAAUGGACCACAACUUUCAUUCCUCUGCAGGACCAAUGCCCUGUCUCCUCCUUUGAGUCAGUUCAGGAAAUGUUCCUUAGGGACACAGGCCACACGAUAGACGAAAUCUUCUCCAGUUUUGAUCCAAUGCCCAUUGGAGCCGCGUCUUUGGCGCAGGUACAUGUAGCUGUUCUGCGAGAAACAGGCCAGAAAGUUGCUGUCAAGGUGCAGCAUCCUACCCUCCAAGAGUGGGCUCCCUUGGACCUGAGCCUUACACGCUUCACUUUCUCGUCACUGAAGCGAGUGUUUCCUGAAUAUGAUCUCGAAUGGCUGGCCAGGGAGAUGGAUUUCUCAUUACCCCAGGAACUGGAUUUCCAAAUGGAGGCUGAGAACGCAAGAGUGGCUCGUGAAUAUUUCAGCAAAAGGACCAAUGCACCACUCAUUAUCCCGAAAGUUAUUUGGGCAAAGAAACGCCUUCUAGUAAUGGAGUUCAUAUCAGGCCAUCGGCCUGAUGAUCUAGAGUUUCUUGACUCCAAUAACAUUGACCGUGAUGAGGUAUCAGCUUCACUAGCUCACAUAUUCAACGAAAUGAUCUUUGGUGACGGCGCGCCUUUGCACUGUGAUCCUCAUGGAGGAAACAUUGCAAUAUGCAAAAACAACACACGGAAGCGUGGACCUAAUUUCGAUAUCGUCCUAUAUGACCACGGCCUAUACCGAACCAUUCCCAAGGAAAUGCGUAUCAACUACGCCAAACUCUGGCUUGCUGUGAUCAACGCAGAUGAAAAGGAGAUGCGAAAGUACGCUUAUGAAGUUGCCGGUGUAACGGACGAAGAGUUCCCUCUGUUUGCAAGCGCUAUUACCGGGAGAGAUUAUACGGUCCUUGCACAGAACCAAGUUGCAUCCUCUCGAUCAUCGGAGGAGAAAGAAUCCAUCACCACGGCUUUGGGAGACGGCAUGUUACAGGAAUUAGUCAGUCUGCUAGGCAAAGUUCCCCGAAUCAUGCUUUUGAUCCUAAAAACAAACGACCUUAGUAAGUCCAGUUUGAACUAUCUACACAUACAUGUUUUUGACGGAACUAACGGGUAAUCCUUCUAGCUCGCAAUCUUGACGAGAAUCUACAUACUCGCCACGGGCCCGUACGAACGUUUCUCAUCCUAGCCAAAUAUGCUACUUGCGCUGUCUUCUCGCAAGAAAUGGAACUCAUUUCCCAGCAAGGAAGCAUAUUCUGGCCACCAAACUUCCUCCGCUUCCUGCAGGCAUGGGUUAGUUAUAUUCGCGUUGAGAUAAAGCUGGAGAUCUACGAACAUUGGCUAUCGUUACGUAACCGACUCGGUUUAACGAAUCACUGAUUGAUUCGAGUUGCGAAUGGCUAGGAUCUACACCUUUUCUUUCUUUCAAGACACGUCACUUUUGAUCUACUUGUCAUAGAUGGUGCCAUGUAUACGGCACUACACGUACAUAUAUACCUGGCGUUUAGAUGCUUGCCUUUUUGCACGAUUGAGCCGGAGAAUAGAGGUUGUAUAUUAUUACAUUUUCUUCUGUCCUGUUGAUAUUCAGUAAUUGGCCUUGCUAGGCGUGGUACCCCAUGUAUCAUCCAUUUCGUGAGCCUAGGUAGGUAUUAUUGAUAUAUUGACAGAAGCUGCUUCCGCUAUCUAUCCCCUAUGACCUUGAUCAUCUACAUCGAGAAAGACUAGAAGAAGAGAAAAACACCUGGGAUGCAUUGAAGUAGGUAAAUCUCACACCACGACCUAACUCCCGCCCUACAUACCCCCCUACUUCAACCAACUAACCACUACUUCAACACACACAUUCAUCAUCAAAAAAAGGAUGAGAGAAAAGGGAACAAAAAAAGAAAAGAAAAGAAGUAAUCUGUCAACAGACAGGAAAGCAAAAGCCGAAGAGAAGAGGUGCGUGACCCCCCGUUUUUCAAAGUGGAUAUUAGAGAUAUAAGGCGGAGGAGAGGAAGAGGAGAAGGAAACGCCUAGCCCAAAAAGUUAAGUAGUGAAGCUGAAACUGGAACAAUCAAACGGACAAUCAGUCAAGGGAAGAAAGGAAGAAAGGAAUACUAACAAUCAGACGGGUGAUUAAGAGUGGUUGGUAGAGAAAUGAAUAUUG